UUCAUUUUUCCUGGUAGUCACCUCCACCACAUGGAACCAGGUAACAAUACACAAUUUUCUGAAUUUUUUCUUCUGGGAUUCUCAGAGGAUCCAGAAUUGCAGCCCCUCAUCUUUGGACUUUUCUUCUCCAUGUACCUGAUCGGUGUGUUUGGAAACCUGCUCAUCAUUCUGGCCACCAUCUCUGACUCCCACCUUCACAUCCCCAUGUACUUCUUCCUCUCUAACUUGUCCUUUGUAGACAUCUGCUUCACCUCCACCACCAUCCCAAAGAUGCUGCAGAAUAUUGAGAACCAGAGCAAAGUAAUAACCUAUGAAGGCUGCAUCAUCCAGGUGUAUUUUUACAUAUUCUUUGCAGGAUUAGAUGACUUCCUCCUGACAGUGAUGGCCUACGACCGCUUUGUGGCCAUCUGCAACCCUCUGCACUACACAGUUAUCAUGAACCCUCGGCUCUGUGGACUGCUGGUAUUGGCGUCCUGGAUAAUGAGUGCUAUGUAUUCCUUGUUACAAAGUUUGAUGGUUUUGCAGCUGACCUUCUGUACAGAGGUGGAAAUUCCCCACUUUUUUUGUGAACUCAGUCAGAUGGUCCAACUUGCCUGUUCUAAAACCUUUCUUAAUGACAUGGUGAUGUAUGUGGCAUCAGUGCUACUAGCUGGUGGGCCGUUUGCUGGUAUCCUUUACUCUUACUCUAAGAUAGUCUCUGCCAUACGAAGAAUUUCGUCAACUCGGGGAAAGCUUAAAGCAUUUUCUACUUGUGCAUCUCAUCUCUCAGUUGUCUUCUUAUUUUAUUGUACGAGCCUGGGAGUGUACCUUAGCUCUGCUGCUACCCACAGCUCACAUUCAAGUGCAACAGCCUCCGUGAUGUACACUGUGGUUACACCGAUGCUGAACCCCUUCAUCUAUAGUCUGAGGAACAAAGACAUAAAGAGGGCUGUGAAGAGAGUCUAUGGAAUAAUAGCUAUAGAAAGGCCAAUUGUCCUGGGGCAGAUGAAGUGCCCUUGA